AUGGCGCCCCCCGUGCGGACUAGCUUGAGACAUGUCUUCAGAUUCAUUCAGAAGUUUAAUUCUCCUAAAAGGUCUCUCUGCGCCGGAGCCUGUCCGGAAAACAAGGAGCCUUCAGGAAGUGGACGUGUAUUUUCUGGGAUCCAGCCCACAGGGGUGCCCCACCUGGGCAACUACCUGGGUGCCCUGGAGAACUGGGUGGCCCUCCAGAACCAGUACCCGUCAGUGCUCUACAGCAUUGUGGACCUGCACUCCAUCACCCAGCCUCAGGACCCGACCCAGCUCAGGAGCAACAUACUGGACAUGGCAGCCAGCCUGCUGGCCUGUGGCAUCGACCCCGCGAGGGCGAUACUGUUCCAGCAGUCUAAGGUGUCUGAGCACGCUGAGCUCUCCUGGAUCCUCGGCUGUCUGACCAGCAUGCCCCGCCUCCGGCACCUGCCACAGUGGAAGAUGAAGAGCAAACAAAAGAACGAAGGCAGUGUUGGUCUUUACACGUAUCCUGUCCUCCAGGCUGCUGAUAUUCUCCUUUACAAGUCCACUCACGUCCCCGUCGGAGAGGAUCAGGUCCAGCAUUUAGAGUUGGCCCAGGAUCUCGCUCGCAUCUUCAACCACCACCACGGAGACCUGUUCCCUGAACCCCGCGCCCUGCUGAGCUCCACACGAAAGGUCAAAUCCCUCCGUGACCCCUCUGCCAAAAUGUCCAAGUCCGAUCCCCAGACAAUGGCGACGAUUACCAUCACAGACUCUCCCGACGACAUCGCCUUCAAGUUCCGCCGUGCUGUCACCGACUUCACCUCUGAGGUCACCUUUGACCCGGAGACGCGUCCAGGUGUGUCCAACCUGGUGACAAUCCAUGCUGCCGUGGCGAUGAUCAGUGUGGAGGAGGCGGUGUCCCAGGCCAGAGGGUUGGACACGGGAGCUUAUAAGAAGCUUGUAACUGAGGCCGUGAUCCAGAGGUUGACACCCAUUAGAGAGGAGAUCGAGAGGCUGAGGUCGGACCAGGCUCACCUGGAGGCAGUGCUGGCUCAGGGGAACCGCAGGGCUCGGGAACUGGCUGCACCGGUCCUCAGAGAGGUCCAGCAGCGAGUGGGAUUCUGCUGAGAGGCAGCGGGGCUGGAAGAUAAAUCCACAUUUAUGCUCCAGGUCUUGCUCGGUACUUAACUGCUGCUGACUGAGUGUUUACAUUCCUCUGAUUGUCUAGGAUGUAAUGCAUUUAGAACUGAAUGUGUUGAAAUCAGCGUGGAAAAGACCCAACUGCAGACGACCGUGUGUUUAAACUAAAAACUCUCUGGUGGACGACCUUUUACAAAUUAUUUAUCUGCCUUUGAGUUUCGGCUCUAAGUGUUUCACCAAACACCACACAGACUUUUGGUCUUUGUAGUAUUGUUUCCAGCGUUUUGUCUCAUUGUCUUCAGUGCUAACUGUGCUCAGCCAUACUUUAACUCAAAGAGGUAACAUUUACUUAUAAAAUUAUACUUGUUUGGUUUGACUUCAGAUACAAGUUGAAUUUGGAUCACAGGUGUUGAGAUCUGAUGUUGUAUCCCACCGUCCAUGGUUCUGUUCACACUGGCAGCUCAAUCUGAUUAUCACCUUAAACAAUUUAGGCCAGAACUCUAACAUCAGCCCGGGCCAAUCUCCACACGUUCACAACAGACAGCUGUAUAUUGCAGCUGUUUUGUUCUGAAUUUUUUUUUUUCUGUUUACUGUUUAUGACAGUAACAUACACUCACUGACCAAUUUAACAAUUACACAUUUACAGUCUGUUGUAAUUCAACACAAGUCUGCCAUAAAUUCUACCUUUACAAGGCAGUAAAUGUGUAAAUUCAAUUAUAUUUUUAUUACUGAGGUCAUAGUUAAAAGGUGGACUGCGUUAUAUUUUCGGGUUUUUCUAUUUUUAGUCCUUCCCAUUCACAAACACAAGGGGGGCCAGAAUAUUAGAAACACCUCUGAAUGCAGUGCAGUCUAUUUCAACGCCAUCACUAACUUGGACGUCAGUGUUAAAGUAUGUAAUAGACUGAACACCUCAGCGACAGAGUAGAAAAACCUGAACAUUAUAGGCAUCAUAAAGCGUUGCACAGGUGUACCUAAUAAAGUCUUUUUGCUUUUACUGCUA